AUGGCUGGUCAUAAUCGACCACAGGAACCUUUCGCCCCGUUUUAUCCUGUUUCUCCACUCAAAUCAAAGUCAAACGGCGACGUCAUCAACAGCAUGUCAGGCGCAGCCCGCUUCCGAAGAUUUGUUCACUCGCACCACAAGCAUCAUCUCCAUCACCCACAUCGUCAGAAUCUUUCUCCUUCACCUACCACACCUUCGCCUACCAUACCAGAGGUUGACUCGGUAGCCAGCGAAUCGUCCUUGGAGACACGCGGCAUUUUUCAUUUUCAUCACACGACGCCUGUCAAGGUUGAUUCUGAUGCUGGUGCCACUGGCACCUCUGUUGCUCAACUACCCGGCCGACACUUUAUUGUGCCCCCUUGGUUAGCCAUGGUUGUAUGGCUGUCCCUUCUGUUUUUCAUAGGCCUGACAGUCGCUGGAUUCACGCUAAGUUAUCAAGCUCGCAAAGAGUUUCGAAUGCGAGUAGAGGAACAACGCAAGGCUCAGCAGGAAGUGGAGCACGAAACCACAGAAUGCAAGAUCCCGAUAACUACCAAAGAAUUCAAAUCGUUUACCCGAAAGUCUAUUAUGGUCUUAAAUUCUAGUUCGCCUCGAGGUCGUCAUCAACAAAACAACUCGGUAUACAGCAUUGAUAAAGCUGGUGAGCUCAGGCCUCGUAACAUGUUUGACCGUCCGCCACGAGAAAGUAUCCUGGUUGCCGAGAUCACGUCAUCUGGCAAUUUCUCUGGUGAUGACCCAUUCUACGAAUUCUCUCGGCAAAUGACGCGGGAAGGACUAUGGGACUUGGCUGCCAGAAAGUCCAAGGUUAUAUCGGUCGUUAGCCUGUCAUCCGUGAUACCCAAAAUAGGCAAAAGGAACUCGAAUCGUUUCACAAUGAUGGAUCUAGCUCAGGAAGAACUUGACGACCAGAAUUACCAAUCCAAUCUGCAGGACAACCUUGCCCGGCCAUCAAAUUCUAGAGCCUUAAGAUCACUAGAAGCUUCUCAGGGUGCAAACUUGAGGAUUGAAAACCACGUAGUUCAACCCAACAGGUUUGUCCCACCUGUGCCGAAACUCCCUGUUAGAUUUGCUCACGACCAGGCAGACUCUGGAGAAAAACUAUCGAGCUUCAAUGAUAUCACAUUCCUACCGUUUAACGAAGACAAACAAUUCUCGUUCAUGGAUCCAACCACUCCCCCAAGGACUAGAAUUCAUCCUCCCCAGCGCACAACUUCCCGACGUGGUCGAGCAGUAGAAGAGAGUACUCAUCUUGAGCGUUCCAACUCGCAAUCCCGGCCAAUCGAUUUACUGUCUCCGCCACAAAGAAGCACCUCUCUACGUGGCAAACCAGAAAGGAUUGAUUCCCAACAAUCUAGGUCGAAGGAUGGUCAUAGUUAUGAACUUGACGAGCCCACCCAAACCCUUGCGAGGGCUACCACCCCCUUCAGUGAUGUGUCACCUGACGAUGCAGUUGCGCAAUACGCAUCUGCCCGAGCAGCCGCCAUGUCUCCCCUGCCCGAUUUGAAGGCGAUUGGGAGAGUAGAACGCGUUGAUACCAAACAAUCCGGGUCGAGGGACGGACAUAAUGAUGAAUAUCAGCAUACUACUGAAACACUCGUGAGAGCUACAACUCCUUUUGGUGAUUUUUCGCCUGACGAUGCAGUCGCGCAAUACGCAUCUGCUCGAGCAGCCGCUAUGUCCCCAGCACCGAACUCAAAGGCUAGCAGAUCUGGCUCUGUUUUAGGAUUUAUUCGUCGAAGUGCAACUCCGACACCGCAUUCAUUGGAUGGCCGUGAGUCGCCGGCCCCGUUAUCGCAAACGCGAUGCAUGGAAUCCAUCACGGAGCCUCUACCCAUGAGAAGCCAACAUUCCCAAGACGCACCACUCGCCCCUGGCUCGUUAUCGGAUAAUGAAGAUGACUAUUGCAAGCCUUUUUCAGUGAUCUAUGAAGAAGAUGAUGAUGAGGAGGAUUACUUCAGCCCGACAAGACCUCAUCACAAUGCGGCAUUCGCGCCGAGUAGCUCCAGCUUCUGGGACGCCUCGUCAGGAAGAUCGCGUGAGACGGAAAAUAUACCCCUUCCGAGACGGCUACCUCCAGCGAGCUUAAGUCGAACACCCAGCCAUACGAACCGACUACGCUCCCACACCGUCACCUCGUUAGGGCCUGCAUCUGUUGCGAUGACGCCCACAUCCUCGUCUUCCUCCUUUGGUGCUAGAUCAAGAUCGGGCAGUUCUGGGGCCCGGGGCCCUGAAAACUCACUCAACAGUUCUCUCAACUAUCUCUCGUCACCUAACGAACCCUCCUUGACGCUUAAACGGAACCCAUCCCUGUCAACGAACCCCUACGGACGACGGAGGAAACAACAAGAUGAUACGUCCUUAAACCAACAACAGCCUCCCUCCCCUCGCCGUCCUGUUGACCGCCACCUCUCCGAUCGCCAGGAUCGUCCCAUCAAACGUCAUCCAUCUCACUCCUCAAAACCACGCGGUUCCACUUCAGACAAUGGAACUUCAGACCCGACCGCGCCUACUCGAAGGGCCGUAUCCGCUCAAGCAAGAAUUCCACUCUCUGGGACCAUGUCGUCAGGAGGCGUUCGGAAUUCCUCAUUUGUUCCUUAG